UGCUCUGUCUUCCUGUCUGCUGUGCCCAGGAAGGAAGGAAGAGGCCAGGCAGCUGAACCCCUUGUUCUGUGGGGCUCUGCUGCAGCUGCUCAGCAUGGGCAGUAGGGAGCUCAGCUGUCAGGCCACAGGGGCUCCCAGGCACAGACGCAGUGUCCCCUCUCCCGCAGCAGUACUUUCUGCCCCGCUCUGCCAAACCCCAAGCCCACUUACGGAGUCAGAGCCAUGCAUCUGAACUAAAAAGUCAAACGUGCCAGCCUAGACAGGAAAGGGUGGGCUGAGGGAGCCUGUGACCUGGUUUGGAAUUAGCGUCCUUAGCUAGUUAACUUCUUAAAUAGGUUUUAAAUAUAAAUCAGCAAAAGAUGAUUGAAACUCUUUCUGACAGACACCACAGGUAAAGAAGGCCUGCUCAGACUCCCUCCCUGGACUGUUGAUGGCCUUCUGUUUGGCUUCUUGCUAAGUAUCACCAAUGAAUGCAGCAAUGUUCAUUGACAGUGGUGACCCCAUUCAGAGUGCCUCCUGGGUCCCAGGCCCCAUGCUAAGGAGACUCUGCUUCUCCCGGUGCCAGAGAGAGGAUGUGUUCUGGCUUCCAUUACUGGAGAAGGUCUAUGCCAAGGUCCAUGGGUCCUACGAGCACCUAUGGGCAGGGCAGGUGGCAGAUGCCCUGGUGGACCUAACCGGUGGCCUGGCAGAAAGAUGGAACCUGAAGAACUUGGCAAGCAGCAGAAGCCAACAGGAUGGGUCUGGCGGCUCAGAACCCAAGACUUGUUGGCAGCUGCUCAGCCUCAAGGAGCGGUGUCUGAUCAGCUGCUCAGUGUUCAACCCCAAGGCAGAGACAGUCCAGGAGUUUCUUCUCUUUGCGUUGGACCACCGCCCCUCCUCUCCAGGUGCCAGGGAGCUGGGGGAGUUUCACGCCUUCAUCAUCUCGGACCUGCGUGAGCUCCGGGGUCAGGCUGGUCAGAGUAUCUUGCUGCUUCGCAUUCAGAACCCCUGGGGCCGGCGUUGCUGGCAGGGGCCCUGGAGAGAGGGGGGUGAAGGGUGGACCCAGGUGGACCCAGUGGAUUCGGUAGAGCUGCUGUCCCAGCUCCAGGAAGGGGAGUUCUGGGUGGAUGAGGAGGAGUUUCUCCGUGAAUUUGACGAGGUCACCAUUGGCUACCCCGUCACGGAGGCUGGCCACCUGCAGAGCCUCUACUCAGAGAAGGUGCUCAGCCACACUCAGGAGCUGCCGGGGGCCUGGGUCCUGGGGCAGUCCGCAGGAGGCUGCCGGAACAACAGCGGCUUUCCCAGCAACCCCAAGUUCUGGCUGCGGGUCUCAGAACCGAGUGAGGUGUACAUUGCUGUCCUGCAGAGGCCCAGGAUGCGCACGGUGGACUGGGCUGGCCGGGCCCAGGCACCAGUGGGGGACAGCCGCGUGGUGUGGAGCCCGGCGAGCAUCCUAGGCAAGGACUACCCUGCCGUGGGUCUGCAUCUCUGGAAGGUGGAGAAGCGGCGGGUCAGCCUGCCCAGGAUCCUGUCCACACCCCCUGUGGCUGGCACUGUGUGCCAUGCUUACGACCGUGAGGUCCAUCUCCGCUGUGAGCUCACCCCCGGCUACUACCUGGCCGUCCCCAGCACCUUCUUAAAGAAUGUGCCAGGACAGUUCUUGCUCCGGGUCUUCUCCAGCGGGAGAGUCUCCCUCAGUGCCAUCAAGACAGUGGUCCAGAGCCCUGGCCCUGGGGAGACCCUGUUGGCGGGGGAGUGGGAGACUGUGCAGCUGCAGGGCUCCUGGAAGAUCGGCCAGACGGCCGGGGGCAGCCGGAACUUUGCCUCCUACUCCAGCAACCCCUGCUUCCCCCUCACGAUCCCUGAGGGUGCAGGCCCCCGCUGCGUCCGGAUCACUCUGCACCAGCACUGCCUAGACAGCGACUGCCACCCCAUUGGCUUCCAUGUUUUCCAGAAUGGCUGUGAGCCCAGAGGAGUCCAGAAGGAGGUGCUGCCAGUUCCAGCGGACAAUGGGGGCCAGGGCACACCCACCCUGCUGCUCCAGAAGCCUCUGCUGAGCUGUGUGCCACAUUGCUACACCCAGGAAGUUAGCCGUGUCUGCCACCUGUCUGCAGGGUCCUACAGGAUUGUGCCCUCCACCUACCUGCCAGACACAGAGGGGGCCUUCACAGUGACCAUCGCAACCAGAAUAGACAGGCGCUCCAUUCACAGCCAGGAAAUGCUGGGGCAGCUCCUCCAAGAGGCCUCCUUCAUGGCAGUGAUGAAGACCUAACUGGAUAACCCCACUGGAGUCCUCAGAGGCCUCCCUUGGCCCAUGAUGUCCUCACACAGCAUCCUUGCACGGUGCCACCAGCCUCAGUGCUGUAGCUGCCAGUCCUGCACUGAGCAGCCGCAUGUGCCGUGGCACUAGGUGAAGGUUCCUCAUCCUGGAGAGAGGCAGCCCCAGGGUCAGGCAGGUGCUGCAGGGAGAGCAAGAAAGGCCCCACGCGAGUGUCCUGGUCCCCAAGCCAUGACAACAGCUCCGUGGAGUCCCUCGGGGCUCCAGAGAGGCCUCAGCUGACAGAUGAGUGUGUCAGCACACAGCUGUUUACAGCAUUUCUGGAUGUAACUUUAUAAAUAAAGAGGAAUACUGAGCA